CCUUCCUUCUUCUAUAAAUACCCAUAACUUUCUCUACCUUUUCUUCAUCUCACUUGUUGUGGGUUCUUCGGUUUCAUAAUAUAUAACUUAAAAAUGGCAAAAAGAUCAGUUGCCGCCUAUGCAAUCCUUCUCCUCCUCUUCGUUCUUGCCAUUUCAGAAAUCAGUACAGUGAAAGGAAAGUUAUGUGAAAAGGUGAGCCAAACUUGGUCUGGAAAGUGUGAUUCCAAGAAGUGUGACAAAAAGUGCAUCGAAUGGGAGAAGGCAGUCCAUGGAGCUUGUCACAAGCGUGAAGGGAAAGGCGGCUGCUUCUGCUACUUUGACUGUGCAAAGAAACCUCCAAAAGAUGCAAAACCAGUUCCCCCUGAUGCCGUACCACCGCCUCCAAAAGAUGGUUCCCCUCCAAAAGAUUCGCCUCCUGCUGAUGGCGGCGGUUCCCCUCCUCCAGCUGAUGGUGGCGGCUCCCCUCCUCCGGCUGAUGGCGGUGGUGCCCCUCCUGCUCCUUCCCGACACUAAAAGCUAGCCUGCUCGUGGUAUAUGGAAAAGGAUAGCAAACCUUAUAUGAUGAAAAUAAAGGAUAAAAUGCCUCCUAAUUAACAAAUUUAGUAUUUUCGAAGGUGUAAUAUGUGUCGCAUGAUUAAUUAAUAACUUAAUAUUCAAGGCA